AGAGGCUGGAGGAGUCCUGCUGGGGCAGGUGUGCUCGGAGGAGAGAGGGAAGAAGGUCAAACAAGUGAGUGAAGCAUGGGUGACUGGAGCUUUCUGGGGCGGCUGCUGGAGAACGCUCAGGAACACUCCACUGUGAUCGGAAAGGUUUGGCUGACCGUCCUCUUCAUCUUCCGCAUCUUGGUGCUGGGCGCAGCGGCUGAAGAAGUGUGGGGUGACGAGCAAUCGGACUUCACCUGCAACACGCAGCAGCCCGGCUGCGAGAACGUCUGCUACGAUGAGGCCUUCCCCAUCUCUCACAUGCGCUUCUGGGUGCUGCAGAUCAUCUUUGUGUCCACGCCCACCCUCAUCUACCUGGGACACGUGCUGCACAUUGUGCGCAUGGAGGAGAAGAGGAGGGAGCGGGAAGACGAGAACAGGAAGUUGGGGCGGCACCUGGAGGACCACGACCCCCUCUACCACAAUGGAGACGGAGGUGGGGGGUGGAAGAAGGAGAAGCCACCCAUUCGUGACGAGCACGGCAAAAUUCGCAUCCGCGGGGCGUUGCUGAGGACCUACAUCUUCAACAUCAUUUUUAAGACCCUGUUUGAGGUGGGCUUCAUCCUGGGGCAGUACUUCCUGUAUGGCUUCCACUUGAGACCACUCUACAAGUGUCGCCGCUGGCCCUGUCCCAACACUGUGGACUGCUUUAUAUCAAGGCCUACCGAGAAGACCAUAUUUAUCAUCUUCAUGUUGGCGGUGGCUUGCGUUUCCCUCCUCCUCAACCUGCUGGAGAUCUACCACCUGGGUUGGAAGAAAGUCAAGCAGAGUGUCACCAAUGAGUUUGCCGCCGACAAUGAGUCUCUCCUGCUGGGUGCAGUACGAGCUGGCGCUGCCAAAACUCUUCCUGAGGAGGUCAGUCCAGCACUCGACUGUUUGCCCACGUACACGAGCGUGAGUGUGGUCGGGGGCAGUGCGGCUGAGGGGGGCGCUGACAGUCCGACUGAGGUGAUCUCCUUAAGUCCCAAUAUGACAACCAGUUCUGUCAAGUUGGCCCGCGCAUUGUUCCACCCAAAUGACCUCCUGUUGCAGUCCUUCUACAGUGGCAGCCACAGCCAGCUGUCGGCAGAGGAGCAGAACUGGAGCAACAUGGCGCUGGAGAUAAAUGACGCCGAUGGGAAAAACUCCCCCAGCUCAUACCCUCCUCCCUCGCCACGGAGCUCAUCUUCCUCCUCGCAUCAGGAGGAGAAGACUUCACCUUCUCCACAAGAGGUGCAACACUCCACCUUUCCUACACUUCCUUGCCACGCCCGUCUUUACCUUCUCUCGCUAGAGGAGGCAUUGGCAAGCAAGGAGAACGUGCUUCCAAGUGAUCACCUUACCGUGGUUACCAAAGCCGAGAUGCAUCAACCCCCCGACAUACAGAAACCGAGAAGUAGCAUCACCCGGGCGCGCCCUGAUGACCUGGCAGUGUAGCGAGAAUGAACAAACACAACAUAUAUUUGGGUACAAGUAGAAACGAUGUUCAUCACCUCAUUGGUGUCACACAUUCAUUUUAGACAGAGCUACAGCUACAAUAAUUCACAUAGUAAUACUCAUUAGACCUCCACUAAAGUCGGGUCAUUGGAUCAGUACCAAAUUGUCCACUUUCAUUGAUAACCACCUCCUAAAGUAUACCUGAAGUUUUCAUGCAUUAAUUAUACAUGUUCAGAAAAAUACCUUCUUUCAUUAAAGUCGAGUAAUUAUUUUUUAUAAUCCUGCUAACAAAAAUACAACAAUGAGAACAUAUCCCCCAUUGGCAAAGGUGGCUAAUACUUUGUGGUUACACUGGGGGGGGGAUAGUUAUUCGAUCCCCUGAAUUAGUAUGUUUACUCUCUUACAAAUAUAUAAUCAGUACUUGGUUUUUAU